AUUUGUCUUUGUGUUAAACUGUCGCAGCCACUUUAAAAUCUUACCCGAACCAAACACAUGGCUCCACGUGUUGACAGAGGGUUCCUGUGUGUUGUUCUGUGUGUUUGCAGUCUGUCAGGCUGUCUGAUCUCAGAGGAAGGCUGUUCUUCUCUGGUCUCGGCUCUGAGCUCCAACCUCUCCCAUCUGAGAGAGCUGGACCUGAGCUACAAUCAUCCAGGAGACUCAGGAGCAAAGCUACUGUCAGCAGGACUGAAGGAUCCUCUCUGGAGACUGGACACUCUCAGGGUGGAGCCUGCUGGAGUCAGAUGGUUGACACCAGGUCUGAGGAAGUGUAAGUGUGUUUUUAAUUUCAUUCAUCAAACUGUGACAUCACUCAUUCAAACCUCUGAAGUCAUCACGACGGCUUGACCACAGUCAGCCUAUGGCUUUACCGUAAUGUUACAUCUACAACAACCACGUUCCCGACUUUUCCUGGAGCUCACAAACCAAAAGUAAAGUCAGUUUCUCUCUGCCACUGUCUGUCACAGCCUAAUGUUUAACUGACAUUAGUUAACCUUAGCACUUGUUUUAGCAGACCUCUAUGACUUCAGUUAACUUAACUUUAACCAGCCCGGUUCUUUCUGAAAAACAACGGCAAAUAAACACAGACUAAAACUAAACAUGCUUGCUGACUGGGAGUUCUGGAUGAACUCAUGGAAGACAUUACCCUACACAGGCUGUGUGGUGAAGCAAAUCGUCCAGCCACUUGCAUAUUUUACCAGCAUUUGGAUAGUAGAAGGUGCUAGUUGGUUGAGCGUUCGCCCGAUAUAUACAAACCCCAAAUCCAAUGAAGUUGGGACGUUGUGCAAAACGUAAAUAAAAACAGAAUACAAUUAAUUGGGGUUUGUACUAAGACUCAGUUCUUACCACAGCGGCCUAGUGUUCCAGUCU